GGCCCAGGUUAUUAUUAAGGUCAACGUCUAUAUUUAGCAUUUGCCCUACAACUGGGACUGCGUUGUCACGUGACGUUCAGUACUCAUCCUCGAAGCUUAAUAUACAAUAUAAAUAUACACUAACUCUAGGUGUAACACGUUUUUUCUCUUAUGAUUCACGCUGGACGUCUGUAAAUAAAACCAUGCAGUGAUUUAAUGCAUAUUCUGUUAACUGCACAUUAAGUUAUAGCUAACCACAUAUGUCUACUAAUGCAGUUAUCUACGAUGAAGCUGCAAUGGAACUGUUAGGAACUUUGUUCAUCAUUGGUACACUUGUGUAUGGAUUAAGUAACAUUUUCCUACUAGGAUGUGUUGAGUUUGGAAAAUAUAAGCUAAAUAUAGGCUGCAAGUUUUUCAAUAGCGACCGCCGCGAUGAAAGUUCCAUUGCCAGUGAGCAUGAAGAACCUUUGGGCAAUGGACAUAUCGAUGCUACAACGAAAAACAUUCGCAAUACAGAAAUGGGUUUCAUCAGUGCAUGCAGAGAAGAGAAUGUCAAUCAGAAGAAAGAUUCAACAAAGGUCAACAUAUUAUUAGAUUUGGUUAAAUCCAAGUCUACAUGUCCUUCGAGUAACUUGUGUCAUGGGUACUAUAUGGAGAAAAUGACCAUCCGGAGAUCAAGAUGUUUUGAAUUUGCAUUACAUUCGGCUUUGAACAUCCUCAUUUGUCUUUUCAUUUUCGUGUUUUUUCCUUUAAAGACAAAUAAAUCGGAAACGUGUCUUCAGCUACUGUCUGGAAUUACCGAUGGUUCCCAGAUAAAAGAAAACCGACUGUGUCUCUCAAAAUUACAAGACCAAGAUUUAUUAGAAACAUUUUCUUUUCAUUUCCUGGAAAAAAAGAUCAACUUUAAAAUCAACUUUAAAAUGUUUAAUCACUGGGCUCAACUUUCCAACGCAUUGCAGGACCAACUUUUUCAAACAGUUAGCAGCUAUACUUUGUCAGUUUUAGAGACUUUUAGACUUGCAACAUUUCGUAACCUACCAAUGUUCUCAAUGCGACAGAACCUGUCUGUUCUACUGUUGGCCGACGGGGGCUUUUCCUAUCGAGGCCAAGGUGACAAGGUUCAGUGCGACGUGUGCAAAAAUGAUGUCAACUUAAGUGAUUUUAUGUCUGGUGACUCUAUGCUGAACCCCAAGGACCCGGUGUUCCACAAAAUGCAAUGCGCUAUUUUAACAAAGGGCGUUGAUAGCAGACCCACUGAUAACUUAGAAGCAAAUAAUAAUGGUUUGGAUCCAGCUCCAGAUUCGGAAACGUUUCCAACUAACGAAUACACUGUUCCCAAUGAUACGCAGCUGAUUGACAUUGAUGCUAAUAGCUAUUCAGGUUCGAAAAAAUCAGAUCUAGGCAGUGCUGAUCUUCAAAGUAAUAAUGUAACAACCUCGGAUAAUGAAGGAUGUAUUAUCGUCAACGGAAAUUCUCAAAGUUUACCUGACCAACACAAUGGAAACUCGAGUUCACUUGGCGCUGAAGCUUCGCCUCAGUCUUACCAACCACAAGCUGCUGAAGAUGAUGGCUACAUAUCGGAUGAUCCCAAUUUCAUUGAUAGUACACUCUUUAUACCCGAGCUCACGAAUAUAGCAAGUGCUGAAGAUUUUCGUCAACCAAUGCGAGCUUUGAAAUGUGACAAAAAUCCUGGCCACUUUGCUUACUUCCCAAUGGCAUGUUUAAAACUAGAACAGCUGCCAAGUAAGAUGAGAAAGCCAGAAUUUCUUAGGUUUUUACAACUAUUUGGCAUGUUGACCGUCCGAAUAGUUGUCAAGGAGACCAGCACAGGUAGGCACAAGUCAGAUCCCGCAUUCAAAAACACAGACAAAGACAAUCCACGAUUGGGUACUGGUUAUGUUUCUUUCCAAGAAUUUGACUUAGCUGUAAACGUAGACAAAUCCUCUUUGGCUUCUGAACACGGAAAAUGGAAAACUGUAAAGAACUAUGUGAAAACUUUAGUAAAGAAAAACUCAGAAAAACUGUACAUUGAAACAAACUAUCAUUUGGUUUUCGAUAACUUUGAAGCUGCAAACACGACCGUGGAGUUCUUUUUUGAUGAUCCAACUCGCAAGAACGUCAAGGCAGUAAAGUGUGUGGGAAUGAAGCACAGCGGUAUCCCUGGAGACAGCAGAGUCGUCUUGGAAUGUAAGAGCGCAGAUCAAGAGUUCAUAUCCCGUAUUCAUCAGAUCAAACACCAACUGAAGGAAGUGGUGGAGAAAUUACCCAGAAAGAUCAAAGCCAUGAUGUGCAAGAAGCUGUUCAUCAUUCACCACCCACACGGCAGAGAGAAACACUUGUCUUACGGAGACUCUGUGACUGUCAAGUAUAUUGUCGAUCAGAACAGACACGGCCGAAACCGAAUGACAAGGACCAACAACCAAUCAAAAGAACUAAAUGUUAGGAAACUUAUGCAGUAUGCAGCAGACACCUGCCCAGGAACAUCUGGAGCCCCUGUUAUAAGUUUUCUUAGGGGAUUACCAGAUGCUAAUGGAAGUAUUACUUAUCACUUGGAUAUCUGGAUACACAAUGGUGAAGACAGGAAGAACAAACUGGGAGGCGCUUCAAUGAAAGAAUUAACGCCGGAAGAUCAUCUCCAGCCUCAUCUGCAGAGUGGGGCUGACGAAGACAGUGGCGAAGAAGACGAGUCUUCUGAGAAUCAGACAGUGUGCGCCCCAUCUUUAAAAGUCUUGCCCCCAGCCAACCCAGACUUUGUAUUGUAUAUCCAACGUUUAGAAAGUUACAAUAAACUGAAUCAUAAAUUGAUUCACUCUUUGAAAUACUUGGCACAAGCUGGUUUCUAUUAUGGUGGCUAUGAUGAUUGUGUGAGAUGCUUCCAAUGUGGCUUGGGCCUCAGGUCAUGGAAGGAAGGAGAUAACAUCUAUGAACAGCACCAGAAAUACAAACCUUCUUGUCAGUACCUGGUAUCACAGCUCAAAGAUAGACAGACUAUUCCAGAGGAUCAUUGGCUAAACAGUGACCAGUCAGAUGAAAAUGUUACAGAGAAACUGAACCAAACGACCUUGAACCUUUUAAAGAGAGAACAUAAAGAGCUGAUGCAAAUUUUGAUGUGCAAAGUCUGCGACAAGGAACCAGUGAAGGAUCUGUUUCUACCCUGUGGGGAACUCUGUGCCUGUACAGGAUGCUCUAAGCUCUUAACUCACUGUCCUUCCUGCAAGAAACAAAUAAUGGCAACUGUUACCACAUACUUGACUUAAGAAGAAAUAUUUCUGAUGAGACAUCAUUUGAGCUAUGUAAUACAUUUUUUGAUGUCAAGAAGUUUUCAACUUGACCUGCUUUGAUCAAGUACAUAAUUAUAAUGAUUAUUCGAGAAUAAAAAUGCUAUUAAUUUAGCUGUUUUUCUUACAAGAUAGAAUGAAUAGCUUAUGCUCCACUGCAGUGACUACCUGACUUUGAGAUGUUAUGUCUUUAUAUUAUUACACUACAUGUUCUGAACCAAAUGUACCAGGGUAUUCUAGCUCUUGUAUGUACCAGGGUAUUCUAGCUCUUGUAUGUACCAGGGUAUUCUAGCUCUUGUGGCCUCAGCGUGGCACCCUGGUGGAAACGUCCCUAAAAUAAAAAUGGAUAGGCUAACUACAAGAGCAAAACUAGUCACAUGUGUAAUACCUCAGUACAAUGGAGGCGGUGGGGGUGUAAGAAAAGCUUAAGCUAAGUCCUCUGGUCUUUCAGCUGAGAGAAGCAAGAGAAGAUUUCAAAAUCUUUAAUGGAUAUGUUAAUGGAAUAAAUAAACAUCAAUGGUAAAAGACCACAGAAACACAUGUCUGUGACAAUUAUUAAAAUAUUGACAACUCAGAUUUAUUUUAAUUUGCUUACAUCAUUUUUGUAGUGGCUUUAAGGGUUCAUAUUUCAGUGGGAAUGGGUCUAAUCAACUUUUCAAAGAUUCAUUUAGGAUGGGAGCAGAGGAUGGAGUAGGGUGCAAGAGAGGAAAAAUUUAUGUUAGAUUUUUAAUGUUAUAUUAGAUUUCUUUCAUAAUAGCUUUUCAUAGCUUUUGAACAAAUACAUUACAUUUUUUUUUUUUUUUUGUAAAUUUGUACAUAUUCCAUACAUAAGAUCAAUGUAAACAUUAUUUUUAGUUUUAAUGUAUAUGUAUUUAAACAUUAGUAAGAACUGAAUGUAUUUUAGCGACAAUAACUCUUUAUUUUACCCUGUGGCUUUUAAUCAAGUUGUUUUUUUUUGUUAUCUAAAGUCUUUUUAGUUAUAAAAUGCUUAUGUUUUUUAUUUAAUCUAGUAAAAUCUGCACACUAUUGAUAACUUGAUUUAGUCGAGUGCAUUAUGUGUGUAUCUUAGAUUGUUUAAUUAGAACUUUGAAAUGCGUGCUUUGUUAUUUCUUUCCUCUUGAUUAACCUUUUAUUUGUCCUUUGCUUAAGUGUAUUCUAGAGGCUACAAAAAUAAAAUUGAAAUAAAAAAAAUAUUUGUGACAUUA